AGUGGUUGCAUGUGUAGCCGCGUAGCCGGCGAAUGUGUUCGUCACCUGUGGAUCACGGGGGUGGGGCUCUGUGAGAGGCUUCAAACCAUUGGAGAAGAACUCUCCAUUUAUGCAAAAAAUUUGGGCAUCAACUUGGAGUUCUCGGUGGUGGAGAAGAAUUUGGAAAAUCUGAAACCAGAGGACAUAAAAGUGAGGGAAAAAGAGGUUCUUGUGGUGAAUAGCAUUCUACAGCUGCAUUGCAUGGUGAAGGAAAGCGGUGGGGCUUUGAAUUUGGUGCUGCAAAUGAUUCACGGGCUAGGAAUUUUGGUUGUUCUUAUCCGUAGUUUUCUCUCACAGCCGCAGACAGAGAUGGAAGCUGUGUGUGGAAGUUUUUGGGUCACAUCCUUUCUUCCACGCUCACCCAAGUCUACUCUCCCUCUAUUUCGCUCUACUCAUCAACACCUAACAGCAUUUCCUUCACAAUCCCAUCUUUUCUUAUAUCACCCUCCUCCCUAUGCCAAUGCUAAAACCCUCCGCGCCAGAACCUCCUUCAAACCCGCCAUUUUCCUUCCCCACUUAAUUGCUUCUUUGGAACAAGUUGACCAGACUUACAUAAUGGUCAAGCCCGACGGCGUGCAACGUGGCCUCGUGGGAGAAAUUAUUUCUAGGUUUGAGAAGAAGGGGUUUAAGUUAACCGGCUUGAAGCUCUUCGAGUGCUCAAAGGAAUUAGUUGAGGAGCAUUACAAGGAUCUAAAACAAAAGUUAUUCUUCCCCAAGCUAAUUGACUAUAUUACUUCAGGUCCUGUUAUGUGUAUGGCUUGGGAGGGUGUUGGGGUAGUCGCAUCGGCCCGUAAACUUAUAGGUGCUACAUAUCCUCUUCAAGCUGAACCAGGCACAAUAAGAGGAGACCUUGCUGUUCAGACACGAAGGAAUGUUGUUCAUGGCAGUGACAAUCCUGAGAAUGGCAAGCAUGAAAUAGGUAAGGCCUCUUAUGCUAUCCUGAGAACUUGCCAAUGGAACCCCACCUCUUGGGCAGACUAUAUUGUGAAGAAAGUGACUGUGAAUACUUCUCCUGAAGUGGGUGCCGACAAUUUAUGUGAAGUUUUGAUGAUUGAUGAUAAAGACAAUAGUUUUUCAACGCCGUCAUUCCGGAUUAGAUAUGCAAGGCAGGAUGUAAUUCUUGCUAUCAUGAUCUCAUUUUAUGUAUCUUAUGGCAGAUACGAGGGAAAAUCUUCUGCUGUUAUCUUGAACUUUGAGCUCUUUCACACUCCAACACUUGAAAUGCGGUUAGUUAAUGAUGCUCUUUCUCCUCUUCUGUUCAUUAACUGA